UGGCCCGGUCCACCCGGCACCCACCGGCACAGGAGAAACCCGCCUACACAGAAUCACUGGCCCCACCCCUCCUUCUCCCUUAAAAUUGGCUUGAGCUGCUCAGGGAGACAGAGCCUGCGGUAACCCAGAGCUCAGCACUGAGAAGAAGCCCCAGCGAGGCUGGGAAAAGAAGCGAGAACUCGCGGACACAGAAGAAACGGGGAGCAAGAUGAAGACAGAGCUAUUGUGGGCACUGCUGCUUUGUGGAGUGGUCUUCACAUUGCCUGGUCAGGGAGUGCGCCACAGGUUCAGAAGAGGAGCCCGAUCCUACAAAGAGAAAGGCACCGGAGCAGAGGCUAGGCGUCUGCAGAAGGAAGCAGCUCCGCUCCUGACGCUCCUGACGUGGCCUAAGAGGAGAGCCUGGCUCCAGCUGAGAUGCUGUCCCUCCUUGACCUGCAGAGAUGAGCAAACACAGACAACGUACCAGCAGGAUCAGUCGUGGCUGCGCCCCAUGCUCAGAAGCAAUCGGGUGGAAUACUGCCGCUGCAUCGGUGGCUUGGCGCAAUGUCACUCGGUGCCUGUCCGAAGUUGCAGUGAACCAAGAUGCUUCAAUGGGGGUACAUGUCAGCAGGCUAUGUAUUUCUCUGACUUUGUCUGCCAGUGCCCUGAUGGAUUUGUUGGGAAACGCUGUGACAUAGAUACCAGAGCAACGUGUUUUGAGGACCAGGGCAUCACCUACAGGGGCACGUGGAGCACAGCAGAAAAUGGGGCUGAAUGCAUCAACUGGAAUAGCAGUGUUCUGUCCCUGAAGCGCUAUAAUGCAAGGAGGCCGGAUGCCAUCAAGCUGGGCCUUGGGAAUCACAAUUACUGCAGAAACCCAGACCGAGACUCCAAGCCCUGGUGCUAUGUGUUUAAGGCGGGGAAGUAUACCUCGGAGUACUGCAGCACACCAGCUUGCCCUAAGGGACAAAGCGAAGACUGUUACGUUGGAAAAGGGUUGACCUAUCGUGGCACCCACAGCCUCACCACAUCCAGGGCCUCCUGCCUCCCGUGGAAUUCCAUGAUCCUGAUACGCAAGAGCUACACAGCAUGGAGGACCGACUCACAGGCACUCGGCCUGGGCAGACAUAAUUAUUGCCGGAAUCCAGACGGGGAUGCCAAGCCUUGGUGUCACGUGCUGAAGGACGGAAAGCUGACGUGGGAGUACUGUGACGUGUCCCCGUGCUCCACCUGUGGCCUGAGGCAAUACAAACAGCCCCAGUUUCGAAUUAAAGGCGGGCUGUUCACAGACAUCACCUCGCACCCUUGGCAGGCUGCCAUCUUUGUCAAGAACAAGAGGGCUCCUGGAGAGAGGUUCCUGUGUGGAGGAGUGCUGAUCGGUUCCUGCUGGGUGCUGUCUGCGGCCCACUGCUUUCUGGAGAGGUUUCCCCCCCAUCAUGUUAAAGUGGUCUUGGGCAGAACAUACCGGGUGGUUCCUGGAGAAGCGGAGCAGACAUUUGAGAUUGAGAAAUAUAUAAUCCAUAAGGAAUUCGAUGAUGACACUUACGACAACGACAUUGCAUUACUGCAGCUGAGGUCAGAUUCCAAACAGUGUGCCCAGGAGAGCAGCUCUGUCAGCACCGCCUGCCUUCCUGACCCCAACCUGCAGCUUCCUGACUGGACAGAGUGUGAGCUGUCUGGCUACGGCAAGCAUGAGCAAACGUCUCCUUUCUUCUCCGAGCGGCUGAAGGAGGCUCAUGUGAGGUUGUACCCACCGAGCCGCUGCACGUCACAGAAUUUGUUCAAUAAAACCGUCACAGGCAACAUGCUGUGUGCUGGAGACACCCGAAGUGGAGGCAGCCAAAAUCUCCAUGAUGCGUGUCAGGGUGACUCGGGAGGACCGCUGGUAUGCAUGAUCGAUAAACACAUGACCUUAGUUGGCAUUAUCAGCUGGGGCAUUGGCUGUGGGCAGAAGGAUGUCCCUGGGGUAUAUACAAAGGUGACUAAUUACAUAGACUGGAUUCAAGACAACAUGAAACAAUGACCCAGGAAACCCAGCUCCUUGGAUGCGAAGAAGGACCUGCCUUCCUCUUCUAUAGAAAACACAUCUAAAAGGCCAAGUGUCCUUUACACUGUCAUCUUUAAACAACUGCCACUCGGCAGAGGGACAGAGGACUUCACAGUUCGUGAGUUUUCAAGAAUGAAGGUCUGACUUUAGGAUAAAUUCUGUCCGAUGAGACGAUGGGAAAAUGCCAGUCUCCCAUAACUCCAGGAUUUAAAAGAGAAAGGUAGACCAAAGUCCAUCAUGCUGGUCCACCAUUUUGUACACUGGACCACAAGACACAAGAACACAAGACCAUGUCUCGACAGUAAAACACCACUUGAUCUUUCAGGAAAGUUUGCAUUAGGGACAAGAAUACAUACUUAUAGUCACAAGAGGGCCCAGCAGGGCCUCUAAGAGAUGGAGGGGUUGGCUGGCCAGAUCACAGCCCCAUAAAACCCUUGACAUCCAAUAUACCCCACCUCCUGCCCACCUUUCAACUCUUGGGAGGUUUUCCUUUAUAGACACUGUAAAUCUUUAUUCAUAAACGAUAUCGAUGGUUGGGAGAACUGUGUGAUUUUAAUAACUGAUGAAGUAGCAUUAGCAUAUUUAUAUAUUAAUCUAUUUACGUUUUUACUUUGUUACUAUAACUUUGUAUUAUACUGUACUUAAAUAAUAAAUCCAAAGGUAUUUUUCACACUU